AUGUCUCCUAAUUGUCCUUAUUAUCCUAAUUAUUUUCGCGGACAAUGUAAUACAAUUGGCCAAUCUAAAUUUUGUGUUACUCAAGCUCGUGAGGGAUUUUAUGUUCAAUUUUCAAGCCAAAAAAUUAAACUGCCUGGUGGUUUAUGUGGCGGUAUAAUUGGCAAUAAUUCUCCUACUAAUGCAACAGUUGGAGAAUGCCCCAACGCAAGCACUAUAAGUAAUACUUUAGUGAACCAAAGAACAGCUGCAACAUUUAGUUGGUUAUGUUGUAAUAAAGAUACUUGCAGGGUUCCGGCUAAUGUGCAAGUAACAAACACAUUGUCAGCUAUCACUG